GUUUGUUGACGUCAUGAAACAUCUGAGGCGCGUGCGCACAAGUUUGUUGUUGAAGCACCAGGCGCGCCAGCCGCCAGAAGAAAAACAGCCAAAACAGGCGCAGAUAUUUUAAAAUGGCUUCAGGCGGCAAUAAUGCGACCAAUUCUGAACCCGAAUAUGAAGAAGUCACGGAGAGAUACGACGAUGACUUCGAUGACCUUUUUAGUUUGGAGACCAUGGACAGAGCCUCACCUGAACUUUGGCCGCAAAGAAUCAAUGGAUUGACCGAUCUCGCUUCUCUGGGCAACGAGGCCGGCGUUCCACCCUGGGAGGCACCUUUGAACCCUGAGGACAUCAGCAUGCUCCACCAUUUCAGCACUUUGACGCUGUCGGCCCUGAUCGUCGAGGUGCGUAAGCUGUACGACAAGGCUUAUCAACUGGGCUUGGACGAGUCCAAGGAGAUGACCCGAGGCAAGUACCUAAAUAUCCUUAACCGCCGCCGCAAGCCUGAAUCGAACUGAAAUGGUACUCAACCGAUCGAAGGAAAAUUAAAAUAUUAAAGGGUUCUAAAAAAAAGUGGAAAAAGGAGCACCAGCGUGUAAUAUAAAUAAACGUUUGUUUUAAUUUUAUAACAGCAGUCAAAAUAAUGCAAAUAAAAUGUGAGAGAAAUGGUAUGUGAA